CCGCGCGUAGCUGCACGUCCGUACUGCUACGCACGAACGCACCACGUGUGAGCUUUGUGAUUUACAAUCAAAAUGAUCGUGAAAGUGAUUUAAUGUACACGUGAAUUUUAAACUAAUUUUGGAAACUUUUUGGAUUCAUUUAAGGUGGAGGGGCAGCGCUCGCGCCGGUAAGGGGUGAUGCCGGUGCGAAAGGGGCUUCUCGCGCCCCAGAACACCUUCCUCGAUACCAUCGCCACACGUUUCGAUGGAACGCAUAGUAAUUUCGUCCUUGGCAAUGCACAAGUCCCGUCAUAUCCCAUCGUGUACUGCUCAGAUGGUUUCUGCGAGCUGACGGGUUGGGCGCGUGCCCAUAUUAUGCAGAAGGGCUGCGCAUGCAAAUUCCUCCAUGGCCCUGAUACGCACGAAGACCACCGCCGGGAUAUUGACGCUGCCCUCGACUCCAAACAUGAACUCAAACUCGAACUUAUAUUCUACAAGAAAAUUGGAACGCCAUUCUGGUGCCUGCUUGACAUCGUUCCAAUUAAAAAUGAAAAACGAGAGGUGGUGCUGUUUCUCGCCUCUUUCAAGGAUAUUACAAACACAAAGAUGGCCGCCAUGAACACUAAUGAAGACUUUGACAGCGGAGCCGCGGUGCGGCCGUCGGCUGGCGUGGUAACUCUAGCGUUGUCCCCAUUUGUACCCGCAGCGGCACUCUUGGGAGCCCGGUUUCGAGCUGAAUCUAGUUGCCUCCUUCCAGACUCCAAUGGCAAUCUUGACCCCGAAGCGCCAUCACCCGCUAACAUGGGGAGGCGGCGCUCCAGGGCCGUUCUUUACCAGCUUUCAGGACAUUACAAACCGGAUAAAAUGAAGACAAAAUUAAAACUCAACAAUGUCAGUAAGAAUCUGCUACACUCGUCCGAUCCACCGCUUCCAGAAUACAAAACGUCUGCUAUAAAAAAGUCUAAAUUUAUUAUCUCGCAUUAUGGCGUUUUUAAAACCUUCUGGGAUUGGUUAAUCCUAAUAGCAACGUUUUAUGUUGCGGUUGUUGUCCCGUAUAAUGCCAGUUUCGUUGACGAGGGGCAUCCAAGAAUAAGCGUCACAAGCGAUGUUAUUGUGGAAGCACUUUUUAUUAUAGAUAUUGUCCUCAACUUUCGCACGACGUUUGUAAGCAAGAAAGGAGAAGUGGUGUCAGACUCAAAGGCAAUAGCUCUUAAUUAUAUACGAUCUUGGUUCGUGGUUGAUCUCCUGGCCGCGCUCCCUUUUGACCUACUUUACGCAUCAGAUGUAUACAGUAAGGAAUCGACGCAUGGUAACGUUCACCUCGUCAAAUUAACCCGUCUAUUGCGACUGGCACGACUUUUACAGAAAAUGGACCGGUAUUCACAAUAUUCAGCUUUGAUUCUUACACUACUUAUGCUUUCGUUCACGUUAUUGGCGCAUUGGCUUGCUUGUAUAUGGUUUAUUAUAGCCGAGAAAGAGAUUGAGCAUCAUAAAAAUGAAAGUUGGGAUUUGGGAUGGAUCAAUAAUUUAGCUGAGAGGUUGAAAAUCCCAAUAGGAAACAUAUCGCACAGCGAGAGCUAUGUAACAGCAUUGUACUUCACAUGUUCGUCACUAACCAGUGUGGGCUUUGGGAACGUGUCUGCAAACACUCUGCCGGAGAAAAUCUUCAGCAUAUUGGUUAUGCUUGUUGGAGCUCUGAUGCACGCGGUGGUAUUCGGUAAUGUCACGGCCAUCAUACAAAGGAUGUACUCACGUCGAUCUAUGUAUCAAAGCAAGUGGCGAGAUCUGAAGGACUUCCUAACAAUCAACCAAGUCCCCAAGGAACUCAAGCAGCGCAUGCAAGACUAUUUUCAGACGAUGUGGUCGCUCAACCAUGGAAUUGAUAUACAUGAGACCCUGAAAGAAUUCCCUGAAGAACUAAGAGGCGAUGUAUCACUACAUUUACAUAGAGAAAUCCUGUCUCUUCCUAUAUUCGAGUCAGCGUCGCAAGGCUGCCUCAAACUCCUAUCUCUACAUAUAAGGAACAAUUUCUGUGCACCAGGCGAAUAUCUCGUUCACAAAGGCGACGCGUUGUCAUACAUUCACUAUAUUUGUAACGGCUCAAUGGAGGUGAUGCAGAACGAUAUGGUUGUUGCAAUAUUGGGAAAGGGAGAUUUGGUGGGUUGUGACAUGAACACACACCUACAAGCCUACAACGGUACCGGGACAACACAGUCGAAUAACGCCGACGUAGUUGUCAAAUCAAGCAGCGACGUAAAGGCGCUCACCUACUGCGAUCUUAAGUGCAUUAACAUGAUUGGCCUAGCUGAAGUGUUACGGCUGUAUCCGGAAUAUCAGCAAGAGUUUAUACAUGAUAUACAACAUGAUCUGACAUAUAACCUGCGGGAAGGUUACGAAGCCGAACCGGACUCUGAUGGGAACGGUCAUCCAUCUCUAACGCUACCUUCGAUAUCUGAAGACGAUGAGAACGCUGCUGAGGAUCAGACCCUGUCUCCUAAAAAGCCUUUGGUUUCUAGCACUAGUAGUCCACGGCACGCGCGUUUCAGAUCGGACGGGCAAGCUCGAUUAUCACAUAGGGAAUUACGUGAGAGAAUUGAGCGACAACGUUCCGUAGCAACGCCAAAGAUGUCGAGAGCCGAUUCUUUGGAAGGUUUAAAUUUAGAAAUACGUUCGUCUGUAGAAAGACUCGAUACACAGGUGUCCAGUUUACAUCAUGACGUCGCCGCUCUGAGCAUGGAGGUACGAAACGCAAUUCAGGCUCUACAGGAAAUGACUGGUCCCGUGUGGCAUGCAGCUCAUUCCAAUCCCAAUUUACAGUGGAAUGCGCCUCCAAACCAGCUCGCUCGCAGUUGCAGUCAUCCGCCUGACGUAUUUUGUUGGGAUCAGCAAGAAAGGGCAAGCACCCCGGAAUGGCCAAAAAUAAACCGAUGUACGCAAACGGAUCCUUUCUUAAACUGUGUUACACAAUAUAUCAUUGAACAUCCGGCGACGGUUAUGUUACUCCUCGGCUUGGAUCCUAUGGCCAACCUGACACCGGUCAUGACGCCACCCGUUCCAUACUACGAUACUCAGGGUAGACGACCAAGUGGAUUGGAACAGAUUGCAGAGUCAGAAAACGGUAGCCAGUCUCCGUCCAGUACUGUCGAAUCCUGCGCAAGUCCCACCGGAAGUGUCAAAUGCAAUGUGCCAGAGACAAAAAAGUGUUCCGAUAAAGACUCUAAAGGAAUAAGACGGAAUAGGUAUUCCGCUAGUGAUAUUUGUGAAGUGACUGAACGAUUGCUCCCGACAAAAGCGGCAAAUCAAAGUACAUACAGUCUCAAAAAUAAUAACUGUUAAGUGAUAUUCCAGUAUGCUCAUUAGUAAAUAAUUCAAUUCUCGGUGUUAGUUUUGAUCGAACGAUGUUUUAAUAUUAUCCAUACAUAUUUUACUGUACAUAUCAGGUGUACUAUUAACAAAAGCUGUUUAUUUGUCUAGUCAUUAAGAUUAAAUUUAUGUAUAUAAAAGUUCUUUAGAUGUGUUAAUUCAAUAAUCCUUGAAUACUGUUUAUAUAAACGAGUGUCUUGGUAAUAUUAUCUAAAAAUGCACGUUAUUAUCUUCGACAUUCUUGUCAUAUCUUGGUAGAGACGGGGAACUCUGCAAAAUUAUAUUAUUGCCCUAAAAGCGUCUACCCACGGCCCUAAAAUCAGGAGCAAUAUCGGGGAAGUGUGUAGGAAAAUCUUACCCUAAUAGGGCGUGUGAAGAGUAUGCUACUGCCGAUUUCAUCAUUACCAUUGUCCCGAUAUCACCACUGAUUUUACGGCCGUGUAGCCUGCUUAAGUCAAAAUCGCUUGCUGCGCCGUGCGUAUUUUCAUUAAUCGACCGAUCAUUCUUGACAAGUGACAUCUGUUCAUGAUUUUUCUAAAAGUAUUCUAAAUAUUUUUAUAGAAACGGAUUUUUGAGUAAUGAGUUCCUCGAAAUGCGAGCUGUAGGACUGGCGCAGUAAGUUAGUGCAAUUUAUCUCUGUUACGUGUUGCUAGUUCUGAUGUUCAUGAAGUGUAGACCAAACAUUUGUUGAUAAUAAAUCAAUAACAGACGUAAUAUUUUUGAGACAAUACAACCUGUUUAUAAUCAUCACUUCAGCGUCUGUGUAUCACAUGCGUGACAAUUCAGGCUGUAAUACUUGCAAAACGUCAGUCAUAUAAUUUUUAUUCAACUUAAAAUUUGAUAAUUAAAUUCGUAAUAAAAGUUUUUUCCCAACGUAUAAUACAUAAAGAUUUAAUAAAUAGAUAAAAAUAAAAGUUGAAAAGAAAUUAAGUUAGUCUAUGGUUACCAUGACAGUAUUUUUUUGUACAUCGGAAUUAGCACCAAAGACCUUAAAAAAUGAUUUAACUCAUCAAUAUUUCUUAUGUGCCAAUUACGGAAUAACGUCUUCCUUAAUAAUAUAGUAUUAUGCAAGAACUGUAUAAACUGCUGACUAUAAUUUAUGUUGUAUCUGUAGAACAGAGGUCAAUAAACGUUCCAUAAACAAUAUAAAAACCAUAGAACCUAAACUAUUUUAAACUAAACAAAUCAUAACUAUUCUACAACUCAAACUUUAGUGCAGUUUCAUCGGUUGUGAUUUGUCAAAUUGGAAAUUCUGCAUAAAUCCAUAUUAAUGUAAUGAAAUAAGCAAUUAACAUAUAUAUCCGACUUAUUAAUU